AUGCCGCAACCAAUGCGACAGACCCAGCGAGUCCCACGGACGUGCACCCAGUGCGCUCGCAGGAAGAUCAAAUGUUCCAAGAAGAUUCCAUGCGAUGAAUGCAUCCGGCGCGGAGAUACUAUUUCUUGCAAGCGAGAGGUUGUCAAAGUCCAUGGCAAGGUUACCGUCGCCGUUGAUGAAGAUGCACAAAAUGAUGAUCCUGAGGAUGGAACAAGCCUGUUGCGGGAAAAUCUGAGCCUCAAGAUGCGCAUUAGGCAGCUGGAAUCUGUUUUCUCGCGACCCGAAAUGCUGAAACUAGAGACAAAAGUCUUCCGGUUAUCCCCUGCUCCAGAAAGGCCACACUCUUCAGACAAGCUCCUGAACGAUUUUCAAAGUCUCCCAUUUGGACUUUUGGUUGAAGCAUCGCAAGUCUCUGGACGUGUCAUUCACCCACGAGACGAUCAUUUACUACCCAUCUUACCCGAUCAGCACUGGAGCGAGACAAUAGUACAAUUUUCUCUAACUCAUUUUGGAUGGGUUCAUUGCUCUCUGGAAGCCUCCGCUUUUAUGAAUGACCACUGUUCUUUCUGGGAUCGCCUAAAUCAUAGCAGAGCAGAAAGCCCGAGGAACCAUGCUUGGAUAGCCGUGUAUCUCAGUGUGCUGGCUGUAGGCGUCUACUUUCUAGGUGAAGACGAAAGUCGUCAAAUUUGCUUUCUUCAGGAAUCACUCCCAGUGUAUUCACCUUAUAGAACAUCGUUGCCCCGCAGAGUACCCACGGAACUAUGCCGCACGUGGUGCAAAGCUGCUCUGAAGGAGCUCAAUAAUGCCAAUUGCCUGAGCAAACCUAGUAUCUCGACAGUGCAAGCCUUAGCAAUCUUGAACAUUGUGCAUAAAAACCUUGGCGAGUCAAGUCGGGAAUACUCUUUGCAUGGCCUGGCAGUUAACGUCGCCCGCUUAAUUGGAAUUGAUCGACUUGGUGAACACCACGAAAGAUUAACAGGUCCUUUUAAUGACACAGGCUUAAUUCGGGAACACCGAAAUGUCUAUCGCAGACUGUGGUGGACACUGGUAAUCUGUGACUGGAUGACAGUGUGGACCCGUCCAAUUUCGAUCCACCCUGAUUCCUUCACCACUGUAUUGGAAACCCAAGAUGAUAUAGAAAUGUCUCCGGGUCUCGAAGGCAGUGCUAGCCAUGUUCCCUCCCCGUUUGAAUACCACAAAGCGAUGGCCCAACUCGCGGCCACCAUGCAGAACCAUGCCCGAUCCAUCAAUGAUUGGACAAUGGAAGCUGUCUACGCCUCCUUUGAGGAACUUGAUUCUGUGGUCGCUUCUUUUCCAUCCCACCUCGCCUAUCACGGGCCUGAUGAACCCGCGCCUCACAUCGAAGAAGGCUCUGAAUGGAUCCAUGUCCAGCGCUAUCUAAUCUACAACUGCUUAGACUCUUGGCGCAUCAACCUAUGUGUUGCCCUGAUCCCGCAACUGCUCAGCAACAGCACAGCCGGGGAUACCGUGCACCAGAACGGAAUCUUAUGCGCAAAAGCCAUUCUAUCACGCAGAUACCAUGAUCCAUGCCCCUAUUUUCACAAGUUUUGGGCAGUGACAUGUUCCACCGUAACAGCUGCUAUCUUCCUAGCUCUGGACAUGAUCUGCUUCCGCCAUCUGCGAUCAUCUACCGAGGUUGCGGAAGAAAAAGAACUGAUCAUGUUCAGUAUCACUCUCAUCGAGUUAUCAUCCACAGAGACACGACACGACGCCUUACUUGUCCUGCGCCGUCUCGUCAACCUAUAUGAGAUCCUCCGUCCCAGACCAUCCAUCGACCAGCCCGUGUUCGCCCGAAUAAUCAAACUAGUUGCAUCACCCCGCUUAUGGACAUCACUUUCCGACGCCGAAACCACGUUACGAUUUCUGUUCAUGGAUACGUCCGAGACGAGCAAGUCGCCAGAGAAUGAGGAGCAGCAUUUACAAACCAGUAAUCCCCACGAUCUAACAUGCGGAGAUAUACCAAACAGUCUGAGUCGAUUUGCGGUAGAAGCGGCAGAAGAUGAGCCUCGCUUCGAGGACCUGUUUUCUUCCGACCUCAUCGAUAUGUCCUUGCCAUGGCUUGAUCCUGCAACUCUGAUUACAUUCCCGAAUGAGGUGACGUAUUGAUGAUCAUGUUAAUCUUCGUCUCUUCUCACACCUUUGCUUUGCUAUAAGCAGAUAGGGUAGAUGGGCUUUUCUGUCUAUGUCGCCUCUUUCUAUACAAAGUGGUUAUUUAUGUCCCGUCGUUCUGCUUUUACGCUGGUAUGCUUUAGUACUUCGCUUGAUAGUGUCUUCUAGAACCUUUACUACGUCACUGCAUUAUUACUAU